AUGGCGUCCAAGCAGAUGCUCGUCGCCGUGGUCGCCGCGGCCGCCCUCGCAGUGGCCUUCCUCCCGGGGCUCGCCGUCGCCACGGAGCACAUGGUCGGCGACGACAAGGGCUGGACCCUUAACUUCAACUACACGGCCUGGGCAGAGACCAACCAGUUCGUCGUCGGCGACACGCUAGUGUUCAAGUACAACAGCGCCGCCCACAAUGUGGUGGAGGUGGGCGGGCCGGACUUCCUCAAGUGCAACCAGCCGGCCAACGCCGUCGUCUUGGCCACCGGCGAGGACCGGGUCACGCUCGACAAGGCCGGACGCAAGUGGUUCUUCUGCGGCGUCGGGCAGCAUUGCGAGGACGGCAUGAAGCUCAAGAUCACCAUCCUCGAGACCGCCCCGCCGAGUCCCCAGCCAGCCCCGACCAACCCUGCUGGCAAGCUGCAGGCGCGCUUCGGUGAGGCAGCGGCCGCGGUCGCUGCGCUCGCCAUGGCCGUACUCGUGCUCUAG